CUAAGAUUGUCCACCCCUACCCAACACAAAACGUUACUUCAAACCGAACACCGAUCAAUGCAACACGACAAAUAUCUAUUAUACUACGAUACCCAACUCACUAUUUGUUACUCCGUUUUACUUUGUCCUUUUGCAUAACCACUACUAGUUCAUUUUGUUUGAGUCACGCCUCAUGACUGGUCAAAAUCUUUCGUUGUUUCUUUUUGGUACAACGAAUCUGAUCAGAUUUAACUACACUAUCAUGUAUCACCUCACAGAAAGUAAGAAAAAAAUAUCCAUUCUUGAUUUAGUGAGACUCAGUUGGUGAAUUAAGAGAUAGUGAAAGUGUUUUUUAAGUAUAAGGUUUCGGUCUCUGUCACACUCCUGUGGCUUUGUAAUCAAAUGGAACUCCAGAACACAGUGAGUGUCAUAAACAAGGAUUCUUCUUCUUCUUCAGUUUCCUCAAACAAUAUGGGUUCUUUUCCGAGUCCAGGAGCACCGUAUUACAGAGAGAGAACAAGAAGGUAUGAGAACAACAAGGGAUGGAGCUCAGAGAGAGUAUCGAAGCAGACAAGCAGCAGCAGCAGAAGACAUACGAUGUCUGGUUUAACACCAUUCAGUGGUGGAAGAACAAUGCCAUCAAAAUGGGAUGAAGCUGAGAGAUGGAUUUGUAGUCCAGUUUCAGCAUCAUAUGUUGAUAGCAGAAGAAAUUCACAUACACAACAACAACUUCUUCAACAGCGAAGACCUAAGUCAAUAAGUGGCCCAAUUGUUCCUCCUCCUGGAGUGGCUUUUUACUCGAAUUAUUCACCGUCUGCUCAACAACUGAGACAAGGUUUUGUUGUGAGGAAUUUAAUGGUUAGUUCCCCUUUUUCAACAGGAGUGUUGGCACCUGUUGCUGUUUCUGUUCGCCAUUAUGAGGAACAUGAUGGAAAUGAAGAAAGUGAGAGAUCUCUUGUUCCAAGAUAUGACAAAGGUACUCAAAUGAGCCCUACAGAAACAGAGAAUGAUGUAGAUUCAUCUCCGAAAUCUUCUGCCACUUCGGCCAUAGAUCAAGAAGAUUUCCAUUAUCCUAAACUAGAAGUCAGAGAUGUGGAGGUUGACAGUCAAGCUACUGUUAUGAGGGGAUCCAAGAGACAUGGAGUCAAAUUGAACAAAAAUGACUCACUGCAUAGAACAGAAUUGAGACAGAAUAGUGCAGAUGCUCAAGUUUCAUGUUGGGAUAUUGAAGAAUCAACCUUGGACACUUCCAAGUUACGGAGAGAGGAAGCCAAAAUCACUGCUUGGGAGAAUUUGCAGAAAGCAAAAGCUGAAGCUGCAAUGCGGAAACUCGAGAUGAAAUUGGAGAAGAAGAGAUCUUCAACGAUGGAUAAGAUUCUAAAAAAACUGAGAAGGGCGCAGUUGAAAGCAGAAAGUAUGAGAAGCUUAGUACCUGUACAACAGGAACAUCAUGCUUCCAAGAUUUGCAAAGUAUUUUCAUUCCCCAAAUAUGUCCAGAUAAGGUCUCUGAGCAGCUGCUUCAGCAGCCAUUCUCAGUGACACCUAUUCCUUGUACAUGCCAUGAAGUCGUGAGGUUUUUACCAGAUUAUAAAAGAAUACUCUGCAUUGUCUUAAUGCCCAUUGAUGUAAUUGGCAUGUGUUAGAAACCCCAAUACAUCAUUCUUUGUACCUAUAUGUGUUAUUUGUAUAUAUAAAGCACGGUAAUAUAUGUGGACGAACUUUCUUUAAA